CGCAAAAGCUCGCCCUCGAAGGAGGGAAGCACUACGACUCCGAAGCAUAGGCUGCGCCCCCCUCGAGGAGGCAAGCGGGAGAUGCAGAACAGGCCAACCAGGCGUGCAGGAAAAAACACAUGAAGGUCGGAGCAUCAGUGUUGCUGCAUCUAGAGCCUCUGGGCUGAUUCGUUUGGUCACGCUGCUCCUGUUCGUACCCGAGGAGGCCGCAGGCACGGCCGCCCCGGCCUCGGGAGUCGGCGCCACCAUCCAGAACAUCGAGCUGAAGCCGGAUGGUUCCGUCGACAUAUGGGGCGAGGUGGUGGCCGAGGAGGUCAACUGCUGGCGCCUCGCCAGUGGUCGCAUUGCAAAGAAGCAGACGGAGGGGGUCAAGUGGAUGUGGGCGCCCGUGGAGGAGGCGCCAGCGGAGGAGGUCGCAGAGGAGGCGGCGGUAGAGGAGGCUGCCGAAGAGGCGCCGGCGGAGGAGGCUGCCGAAGAGGCGCCGGCGGAGGAGGCGCCGGUGGAGGAGGCGGAGGCGCCAGCCGAGGAGGCCCCGGCGGAGGACGCCCCAGCCGACGAGACCAUAGACGUCUUCACGGGCGUGAUCUACCAGGUGGGCGCGAAGACCGGGAACAUGCUGAUCAAGUGCGAGCAGGCGCAGGAGAAAUUCGGCCAGGAGGCCAUGAUCCCCGCGAAGCUCAACCCCACUGGCGCCGUGCUUGGCAACAAGAUCCAGUUCGAGGUGUCCGAGGGGAAGAAGCCUGGCGGCAGGCCCAUCGCGGUGAAUGUGAAGGUGCUUGCCCAGAAUACAGAAGCUAUCAAGAAGCAGAUCAAGUAUUAUUUCUCCGACGAGAACCUUAAAAAAGACAGGUUUUUCCAGCAGAAGAUAGCGGAGACGGAGGGCGGGUACAUCAACAUGUCCGUCAUUAUGGGUUGCCCGGCGAUCAAGAAGAUAGGCUGUACGAUGGCCGAGAUCAUCGACGCGCUAAAGGACGUCGAGGGGCUGGAGGUGCGCGACGCGCCCGAGGGCGAGGAGGGCAUACGACGGACAACGCCCCCGCCGCCGCUGGAGGAGGCCCCCGGGAUGAGAUACAGGCCCGAGCUGACAAAGGAUCCCGACAAGGAAGACGUCUUCUACCUUGGCACAGUCAAGCCCCCUUUCGAGCACUUCGGCUCGAAGAAGUACUUCAUCACCUGCUGGGAGGUAGCGCAGCAGUACAACGGCCUGGACCCGUUCUUCUUCCAGGAGCAGAAGCCCGCAACCGUCGAGCCAGGACAGAGAGUGGUGUUCACGGUGUCACCUGACAAUAAGCCUGGCUUCUCGCCCCAAGCAGCUUUCGUGGCGGAGCUAAAGGGUUCUUUGCCCGCUGGUAUGCAGCCUCCAAUGCAAGCCCCGAAUGCUUGGGGUGGCGGCGGUGGCGCUUACGGUGGCGGCAACUUCGGAGGUGGUGGUGGCGGCGGAGGCUAUGGCGGAGGCUACGGCGGCAAAGGGGGCAAGGGCUACGGCGGCAAGGGAGGCGGCAAGUGG